AUGAAAAUAUUCUAAAAAGUAAAAUAAUUAGCUACUCCAUACACGCUCCAUCUAAAAAGUACGCCUGUUGUUGUUAUGGACACUUUUUGUGAAAAAGGAAAUGAGUAGAAAUUUAAUGUGUUUACAGAUUAACUCAUAGGAGGUGAUAGUAGAGGAGUUGUUGUCUUUAAGGAAGAAGAUGAAGCAGGUAAACAUAACUCAUACAUUCUAGUUACAUUCUUGGGGUAAAUCCAAAUUGAUAAGAAAAAGCAAUUAGAAUCAUUGCCUCAUGUCGGAAUUGAAUAUAAAUAUUCGAAAUCCGUCAAUAUUGCUAAAUUUACUAAAAUCCUCUUUAAAAUGAGAACAGAUGGUUAAAUCUAUAAAAUAAGAAUAGGAGUUAACUCAUCUUAUGAUUUUGGAUAACAUCACGCUUAUGUAUAAAUCAAUUUCAUCAUUAGGCAUAUAUUGUAGAUUAAUCUUAGAUGUGGAAUACUUAUUCGAUACCUUUUAAAAACUUUGAACAUUAAGGCUUUGAUAAAGAGGUUCAAAGUCUUGAGUUAUCUGCAGAAGGCUUAUAAUUAUAUUAAUUCGACAUUAUAAAAGAAUCAAAAAUUAAUGAGAAGAUUGCUGUUCAAAUAAAAGAGUUUGCUCUCUCUUAGGAAGAAUUAACAGAAUAAGAAAUUAAUUUUAAAAGACCAAUAUUUUACAAAUAUUUGCAAAGAUAGGAUAUUUUGGACACAGGGAGAGAAAAAUAUAAUUAGAUGAUUCCAAAUAGUAACUUGAAAUCAAAUCCAAAUGGCAAAAGCAUAAAUAGCUGGUACGAUUGA